AUGUACCUCACCCCAGACGAUCUCCUCUCCAGUCAUCCCAGCAGCUUCGGGCAGCGCCCAUUCGCAUCGGGACUUGCGCGUCUUACUUCGCUGCAAGAAACAACUCAACACGAGCGUUGCAAGACCUCCUUAUCGUUCACGGCGAAGAAAGCUUAA